GGCAGCCGUGCGCCGCCGGGAACUAGGAGGAAGGGUCCCCGGUGGGUGGAGCAGCCGGGGACGGGGCCGUGGGCUUCCCUCGGGCGACCCGCCACUGCGGUGACCCUGAGUUCUCUGCGAGCAUGGGCGGCGGAGCUCUGGAGAAACAAGAAGAAGCCCCCGGAAGUCGUCUCGUCUUGGCUGCACGCUCUGGGCUCGUUCCAGCAGAGGAAAAGAAAUAGGAAGUGACGUCUCGGCCCGGAGCAGGCCGGGCUCUGAGGACCUCACCCGAUCCGCUGCCGGCCCUGGCCCGGCGGAGCCGCCCCUGCGGUCUCGGGGGCGUCGUGCCACCCGCCGGACGGUCCCCGGCCCCGGGAUCCGCUCGCCGCUCGAGUGAGUGGAGGCUGCGGCGACCGAGCGGGAACGCCCGCCGGGACACCUGUCGCUUGGGAGACGUCUUUCAGUUUUGUGUUAUUUUUUUAAUAGCACCUUUCUCCUCCCGUAGGACAAUUUCAAGAGUCAGGAAGAACGGGGAGCCCCUGCGAUUAGCUUCCCCUGGGUCGGGGCCCACUGCCCGCAUUUAGACUCUCCGACCUUCCCUGAGCUCUGGCAGGGGCUGCAAAGAACAUUGGAGAUGACUGUUUUUCCACCAUUUUAUAAAGGAUUGAGUCUCGGGAAAUUUAUGCAGUGGGUGUGUCCAGCGCAUCUAAUUAGCAGAUGUUGAGAAUGGAGAACCAAAUCCAAUUAGAAAAUGUGAGAAAGAAAAUGCAAAAAGAAAUUGUUCCAAUUAAGAUCAGAAAAUAGCUAUGUAACACCAGAUACUUUAAUAACCCAGUUCCAAGAAUACACUGGAAAACACCCUUUAAAAACUAAGAGGGAUCCAUGAAGAAAUGUUUUAAUUAUUAAAACCAUGGCUACAUCAGCAAAUCUGGACAUUGGGGCCCAGCUGAUCGUGGAAGAGUGUCCCAGCAGCUAUGGUCUCUCUGGCAUGCCAGACAUCAAAAUAGAGCACCAGCUGGACCCAAAUGCAGAAGAAGCGUCAGCUCAGGGUGUUGCCAUGGGAAUGAAAUUCAUAUUGCCAAACCGAUUUGAUAUGAACGUAUGUUCUCGAUUUGUGAAGUCCUUAAAUGAAGAGGAUAGUAAAAAUAUUCAAGAUCAAGUUAACUCUGACCUGGAGGUGGCGUCUGUCUUAUUUAAAGCUGAGUGCAAUAUCCAUACAUCUCCUUCUCCUGGAAUUCAAGUAAGGCAUGUCUACACCCCCUCUACAACAAAACAUUUCUCACCCAUAAAACAGUCAACUACUCUCACCAACAAGCACAGGGGAAAUGAAGUCUCUACCACACCUCUGUUAGCAAAUUCCUUGUCUGUUCACCAGUUGGCAGCUCAGGGAGAAAUGCUCUACCUGGCUACUCGUAUUGAACAAGAAAAUGUUAUCAAUCACACGGAUGAAGAAGGAUUCACUCCCCUGAUGUGGGCUGCGGCACACGGGCAAAUAGCUGUGGUGGAGUUCCUGCUUCAGAAUGGUGCAGAUCCCCAACUUUUAGGAAAAGGUCGAGAAAGUGCCCUGUCAUUGGCCUGUAGUAAAGGCUACACGGAUAUUGUCAAAAUGCUGCUUGACUGCGGAGUUGAUGUAAAUGAGUAUGACUGGAACGGAGGGACACCUUUGCUUUAUGCUGUCCAUGGGAAUCAUGUGAAGUGUGUAAAGAUGCUGUUAGAAAAUGGAGCUGACCCAACAAUGGAAACAGACUCUGGAUACAACUCUAUGGAUCUAGCUGUAGCUUUGGGCUACAGAAGUGUCCAGCAGGUCAUUGAGUCACAUCUGCUGAAGCUGCUUCAGAACAUCAAGGAGUGACGCAGCGCUCAGAAGAUGCCAUCUGCCCUUCUCCUCACUCCUCGGUCCUUCUAAAUGAUAGUUUUGUUUACAUGUAAAUUUUUACCUCGGUUGCAAUAUUUGCUGGUUUUUAGUGAGUUUUAAUAAUUAUUCCUCUGAAUAAUUCACUGGUUUAUAAUGAAAUUAAUCCUGAUUUUUAAAAAUAAAUGUGUUUUACUAUAUAUUUAAAGUUAUAAAUUAAUGUUUUAUGGCAUGGAAACUUUUAUGGUACAGGUGGUUAUGUGUCUUUGUAUCAAGUACCACAGUUUGACGCUUUGAGAAAUAAAUUCUACCUUGUUGAUCUUCAUUCCUGUAUUAACUCUUUGACUUUGCACAAGGCUCACUGUAAGUCUUUGGGGGGGGGGGGGAAAUAAUGUUCUUGUUGAAUUCAAAAGUACACAGUGUGAUGGUUUACAAAAUCAUGUUUAAAUAAAAUACUUUCUGUCUGUUUGCA